AUGAGCAAACAAAAGAAACAAAGAAAGAACCAAACUAAUCAUAAAAUAGAAAAGGCAAUCAAAGAUCUUAAAGACAUAUACCUAGCUCCAAUUCCUAUUCCGAGUAUAGAUCCAACUCCCCAGUUGAUGACACACCCUGACGAAGGAGGGUACAGUAGUUAUGAAGGCGGAGAAGGAAGUGAAAAAGAAACAGAGACAGAGUCUGUAGGAGAGUUGGGAGGUUUAGAGAUAGAGUACUAUAGUGAAAUGGGACUCGUUUAA